UGCAUUCCGACGGCGGUACCGGGAUCAACCCGGAGCAAAUAGAGAAGCUUCGCGAACUUGCAAAGGAGGCUUCGAAGGACGCGGUAACGGCAGUAGUGCACAUCUCGAGCUGGGAGGGAGUGAGAAACUACAUCUACAACCACGCCGAAGCGGUGCUGCCGCUCCGCCCGUAUCUGCUCCCAAAAAACAAUCCCAAGCACAAGCCCAUCGCCCUCUUCAAAACCGACGUCGCAGCACAUGAUGCACUAGUCAAAGUAGCAAAAAAGGCAGACCCGAAGCUACGAAAGUAUCCUAUAGACUGGCAAACAAUCCUCUACUUCGUCGGGUUUGGCGACGCGUCGAAAAUUAAGUGGAGCGUGAGCCUGUGGGGCUCGUACGAAGAAGAACCAAAAAUGCGGCUGCACGACAACGCGGAUCAGAUGUGGCGCACGGAGCUAAGCUGGCCAGCAAAAACUAGAGAGCUCCGCUGCAUGAAGAAUUUCUUCAAGUACCUGUACCCGCUGACGGAAGGUGUAAAUCUCGUCUACUGUCACGACCACCUGUCAAACAGCCCAGAACAGCUCCUCUCCUCCCUUGACGGCGUAAACGUCGAUGAAGUAGUCAAACGCGACAUCCACUUCCUCAAGCCAUUUCUCGCUACGACGUGGUUCCUCCACCUGGGCGGAACCGCUCUCCGCUUUCCGGAUGGCAGAAGC